AUGCCUGUGGCAACGACACCCUCUGCCUCGCCUCGUCCAUCCACGCUCGUGAAGAUGGACGACAGGAAGAGACCCGCUAUCAGCGGCGCUGAGGACCUGGCUCCUCCCAGCAAGAGGGUCGCCAUCAAUGGCUCCAAGGCCAAGGACGACAACACGGAUAUGAAGGAAGAAACCUGGAUUGAACGAGAGCGAUUAGCGGCUUCUUUGCUUCCUAAAAAUCCAAGAGAAAAACAAUUCAAAAUCAGUAAUACGCUCUGCAUAUCAAUCCUCUUGCCGCGCGGUGCAUAUAUCGUGAUUCUAUUCAACGCGUCAUUCAUUCCACGCAACGACCAACUCCUUGAGAACAACGUGGCGCUGACUGGGCAUAAUCAGGUGUAUACGAAGGGAGCGAUCUACCGCCAAAUGCAAGAAUACAGCCGCAAGGCUCUGACGGCCGAAUCGCGCUUGGAAGAAUUACAUAAAAGAUCCGUGCAUCACGACGAUCAUUUGCGAAUAGUCGAUGCAUGGUGGCGACAGCUUAUAGAGGAGCUCGAAUUAAUAGCCGCGUCAAAAAUAACCCCCACAGAAAAAACCGAAGGCCCUUAUCUCACAAGCGUAAACUUUAAGGAUUUACAUGAUUUCCAAGUACACUUACAAGAAAAGGGAAAAUCGAUCAGAGCGAAAGCCGAAACGCUGCUCAGUCAAGUCGCUGCCCAGCGACAACAUCUUUCCCCCAAGACAGCCGAGCUUGAGAGCAGAGUCGCUAGUCUUCUGGCCGCACAGAAAGAGUAUUUCCUCAAACUUGACCGACUAAGCGGAGAGAAGGAUCAACUUUCAGAGCAACUUAAUGCGGCAACGUUACGAUACUUCAAGGCCGAAAAGAAAUUGGAUCGCGCUAAAAGUGCCCAAGUCCAAAGGUUGGAACAACAAGCAUUUGCUAAUGCCACGCGGCCUGUUACGACACCUACUGAGGGAGCACCGGAACUUAAUGAAGCAAAUGGCACUGUCAACGAAUUACUAGUCAAGUAUGAAGAGGCUACAGCCGCUGCCGCGAAGCAAAAAGAGCAGCUGGAAACCCUUCUCGCGGACCUCAAAACUGCACAGGAGGAAAACACGAGCUUGAAAUCUCGACGAGACACCUUUACCGACGAAGACUACAUCAGAACUGAUGUUUUCAAACAGUUCAAGAGCCAAAACGAGGAUCUUAUCAAACGAAUAAACACCCUGGAAGCUACCAACAAGCAACUUCGCGAGGAGGCCGAAAAGCUUCAGGCAGAGCGAACGGCAUUCCGAACCCAGCUUGAGGCAGAUAUGAACCAGGUGGCACAGGAUUACGAAGCUGAUAUUGCAGCGCGAGAUCAGGAUUUAACCCGCGUGCGAUCUGCCCGCGAUGAAAUUCUUGCCGAAAAUGUGCAACGAAGGGCAAAUGCGGAGCAAGAGAAGAUUGCAAUGGAGCACAUCAAGGAACUAGUGUCAGCAAAGGAAGACAGGAUAUCGGCGCUAGAAUUGGAACUUGCUCGCUUACAGCCAGCAGAAGACGAAACGAUGGGCGAUGCUGGCGACGCCGAGGAUAUUACGGAAGUGGAACUCCGGCAAAAGUAUAAGAAGCUGAAGCAGGAUUUCAAUUCCAUUAACUUGGAGCUGCCCGCAAUGGAGAAGGCGUACAAGAAGAUGAAGGAUCUCGCUCAAAAGAAAGUGCUCGACUACGCUGCUCUGGAAGAGAAGGUGGCUAUUCUAAUUGCUGAAAAGAGCAAAGCCGAUCAGAAAUACUUCUCCGCUCGAAAGGACGCCGACAACCGAAACAGUGAGAUCAGAUCUCUGAGGCACCAGAGCGGAAAGACGGCUGAGAUCAUUGCUCAGCUGAAGGACUUUGAAUCUCAGAAUCGGACUUUGCUAUCGAAUCUGGAGAAGCAGGUGGCGGAUCUGAAGCAGGCCAACGCAGCCCUUGUUUCGGAAAACAAGAAGAUGGAAUCCAAUAGCCUCGAGGCUGCCAGGCGAGCGGAGUCUGCUGCGAAGCAAGUCGGCGAACUGAGCAAUCUGGUAAAGGCGAAGGAUGCAUCAACGGCUGUCAUCAGAGAGCGAAACGCAACGCAAGAGGUCGAAGUUGAGAAGAUCAAGGUCCGCCUCGAGCAUAUACAGAAGGAUCGAGACAACUGGAAGAACAAGGCGCUAAGUAACUCAUCAGAAGAAGAAGACAUGCUUCGAACCAUGGCUUUGUGUACGGUAUGCCGCACCAACUUCAAGAACACUGCACUCAAAACCUGCGGUCAUCUCUUCUGUAACAAGUGUGUGGAUGAUCGUAUAAGCAACCGUAUGCGAAAGUGUCCUAGUUGUUCGAGAGCAUUCGACAAGAUGGAUGUUAUGCAGGUUCACUUUUAAAAAGAAAAUUUUUUAAAAAUGAAUUUUUAACGUUUUGUCUUGAAUCUUUCGAGAACUUGUGUUUUGUCUGUUUGCUUUGCAUUUUUU